AUGUCCAUUCGUCGUUUGUUGUUGAAGUUUUCUUCAUUUCCUACCUAUUUACCUAAACAUGGUCUCUCUUCCGGCACUAGAACUGUAGCACUCAUUCCAGGUGAUGGGAUCGGUCCUGAAAUUUCGGAUUCCGUUCAGAAAAUAUUUGAAGCAGCAAUGGUCCCUGUUACGUUCGAUCCCGUUAAUGUUACUCCGGUCAAAGGACCCGACGGCGUUUUUGAGAUGCCCCGUUCUUCCUUGGAUGUAAUUCGCAAGCACGGAAUUGGUCUAAAGGGGCCGUUGGCCACGCCCAUUGGCAAGGGUCACAGAUCCCUCAAUCUUGCGCUGAGAAAAGAAUUCAAUCUCUACGCAAAUGUUCGUCCGUGCAAGUCUGUUGAAGGCUAUGAAACACCCUACAAAAAUGUUGAUCUAGUGACCAUUCGUGAGAAUACCGAAGGAGAAUAUUCCGGAAUUGAACAUGUGAUAGUUGAUGGCGUUGUCCAGAGCAUCAAGCUAAUCACCUACGAGGCUAGCUCUCGAGUUGCCGAAUUUGCCUUCAAGUACGCAGAGGAAAACGGCCGCUCCACCGUGACUGCUGUUCACAAGGCAAAUAUAAUGCGAAUGUCAGACGGCCUCUUCCUGCGUGCCUGUCGGGAACAAGCUGAAAAGUAUCGAGGGAUUAAGUUUCGGGAGAUGUUUUUAGACACUGUGUGUCUCACCAUGGUGCAGGACCCUCUGCAAUUCGAUGUACUCGUGAUGCCGAACCUCUACGGCGACAUCCUCAGUGACCUAGCAGCUGGCCUCAUUGGGGGACUUGGUGUCACCCCCAGUGGAAAUAUUGGCACUGAUUGUGCCAUUUUCGAAUCUGUGCACGGCUCAGCUCCGGACAUCGCCGGCCAGGACAGGGCCAACCCAACCGCCCUCCUCUUCUCCGCCAUCAUGAUGCUGCGACACAUGGGUCUGAAUGAGCACGCCAAGAAAAUCGAGGACGCCGUCUUCUCCGUUCUUCGUGGCAAAAAGUGUCUCACCGCGGACCUCGGUGGAGGCGCCAGGUGCUCCGAGUACACGGCUGCAAUCUGCGAUGAAAUCACGCAUCGGGCUUGCUGA